GGUCUUCCUCAACACCGUUCGACACAUCCUCAAGACAAGACCGUCCGACUGGCUCGACGAUGGGUGCCUACAAGUAUAUCGGCGAGCUCUACAAGAAGAAGCAGUCGGAUGUCCUCCGUUUCCUCCUCCGCGUUCGCUGCUGGGAGUACCGCCAGCUGAACGUCAUCCACCGUGCUUCGCGGCCCUCUCGUCCCGACAAGGCUCGCCGCUUGGGUUACAAGGCCAAGCAAGGCUAUGUUGUGUACCGUGUGCGCGUCAGGAGGGGUAACCGCAAGAAGCAUGUUCCCAAGGGUGCCACUUACGGCAAGCCCGUCCGGCAGGGUGUUAACCACCUCAAGCCCCAGCGUGGCCUGAGGAGCGUCGCAGAGGAGCGUGUCGGCAGACGGUGCGGAAACUUGCGGGUUCUCAACUCCUACUGGAUCAACCAGGAUGGUGUUUACAAGUACUACGAGGUCAUCCUUGUUGACCCCAACCACAAAGCCAUCCGCCGUGACCCCCGGAUCAACUGGAUCUGCAACCCUGUCCACAAGCGUCGCGAGGCUCGCGGUCUCACCGCCGUGGGCAAAAAGAACCGUGGUAUUGGCAAGGGCCACCGCUACAACCAUACCCCCAAGCUGGCCACUUGGAAGAGGCACAACACCCUCAGCCUGCGCCGCUACCGGUGAAAGCUGUACCAUCCCACUUCCCCUUGCUCUCGCUAUGUCUUUCCCUGCUUCGUCAUUACCUACACAUGUUCCAUGUCCCUCAUGGUUGUAUGCUCUUACGCUUGCGCCUAAAAUGCAUUUGGAGAUGACGCU